AUGAGGACUUUCCUGGGGGCAACUGAGCACCUCUUCAGGGUCGGAUGGAGAUCCUGGCAGGUGGGGCUCUGCAGGGCCCUGGUCUCACUGCAGGCUGCUUGGAAUGACUUCUCCCAACCUGUCCCAGCCAGCUGUGGCCAGCUGCUGACCCAGCUCUUCCUGUGUGGCUCCCUGGCUGCAGCGACCACAGGUCUGACCCAUCACUGGUUGGUGUCCUCGCUGCGUUAUCCUCUGGGACCCUCAGCCACCACGGUAGCUGCUAUCUGUGGUCUCCUGAUGUUCCUGGGCCUGGGCUUGGUGCCCCCGGCUCGCUGCCUGUUUGCACUCAGUGUACCCACCUUGGGCACAAAGCAGGGCCGCCGGCUGCUCCUGUCUUAUAGUGCUGCCACCCUGGCCAUCACGGUGGUGCCCAAUGUCUUGUCCAACGUGAGAGCUGCUGGGAGGGUGCUGCGCUGUGUUACCGAGGGCUCCCUGGAGAGUCUGCUCAACACCACCCACCAGCUGCACGCAGCGUCCAGGGCUCUGCACCCCGUGGGCCUGGUGAAUGGCAGAAGCCUGACAUUUGAGACCCAGGGCAACGGCUCUGCCUUUCGGCUUCACAUGCUCAGGGUCACUGAACAGGUCCUAGAGGACUUCUCUGACCUGGAGACCCUGGCCCAGGCAGCAGCCCUGGGGGCUCAGAGGGUGGUCGCAGGGGUCUUUGUACUGGGCCUUUUGGGGGAGUCCGCCUGGUACCUUCAUCGCUACCUGACUGACCUGCGGUUUGACAAUAUCUACGCCACACGGCAGCUGACUAGGAGGCUGGCAAAAGCCCAGGCCACACACCUGAUGGCCUCCCCACCAGCCUGGCUGCUUCGGGCGGCCCGACCCAGGCUGUCCCAGGAGGAGCUGCUGAGGUUUCUCCUCCGGCUGGGGCUGCUGACUCUGCUUUUGGCAGCCACAGCAGUGAUGGUGGCCACAGACCAUGUGACCUUCCUCCUAGCCCAUGCGGCAGUGGACUGGGCUCAGCAGCUGUCCAGUGUGCCGAUCACUCUCACCGUCAAGUAUGAUUCGGCAUACAGCAUCCUGGACUUCAUUCCCUUCCUCUUCAACCAGCCGUCUCCAGAGAGACCUUUCUUCUCCACUCGGAUCUCCAACCAAUGGGAGCUGCGCUUCACCUCUCCCGGCUGCCCGCUGCUUCCCGCGCAGCGCCCCCGUGUGGCCGCCUCCCUGGCCGCGGGGGCCCUGCAGCUCACAGCUUGUGCCACCAUCCUCCUGGAGACCUAUGCCCGCCGCCUGCGGCACACCAUCGCUGCAUCCUUCUUCACAACCCAGGAGACCAAGAGGAUCUGCCACCUUCACGCCCGACUCCAGCGAAGGUAUGACAGGCGCCACCGCCAGCAGCCGUCCUUGAGGACAUCUUCGUGCCCCAACACCCGGCAUGGGACACCAGAUGGCUGUAUGCUGAGCACUUGUCCCACCUCUCUUGAGAUGGUGUUUGUGGUCAUCCCUGAGGGCACACCUGGCCUGAGCACCAUGCUGAGGACUCCACUGGCGGUACAAACGGUGAGCCUGGCUCUGGUGCCCUUUGUGUACGCUGUGGCCAUGAAGGGUAAUGCAUGA